AUGACAGCAGGGGCCUGGGCCCAUCCCCACCUGGACCAGUUAGGGUCCCAUCGCGCGCUCAUCCAGACCGUGGAUGAGUUCAAGAUCAAAUUCCUGGCCGCCUUUGGCAACCCAGACGCAACUAGAGCAGCGGAGCGGAAAAUUACUUCCCUCACCCAGACCGGCACUUGUGCCAAAUAUAUCACUAAGUUCCGCACGCUGCAAAUGGAACUUGACUGGAACGACGCUGCACUUUGCGGCCAGUUUGCGCGUGGACUACACUGGGAGGUCCGGAGACAGAUAGCCACAAGGGAGAGGCAACCCCAAACCCUGAGGGAGGUACAAGAUGCCGCCCUCAUAAUUGACAACGCCCUCUGCAAAGAAAGAGCCAGCCACCCGCAACAGGGUAAUAAGCCUGGCAAAUCUUCUGCUACCCCCAACAGGGGGGCAAGUACCGGCCAACAGGCCACCAAAACCGGUCCCCUCUCUUCCAAUCCCAACUACAUCUUGGAGGAGGAACGCAAUCGCCGUCACACAGAGGGCCUCUGUGUCAAAUGCGGUAAACCAGGGCAUAGAUUUGCCGAGUGCCGGACCGGAUGGAAGGCUACCCCAAAGGAGGAUAAGGGGAAAGCCAAGGAAACCGCCAAAAUAGGCAAAGACUCCAAGUACCAAUCGGGAAAAGAAAAUCAACCCCUGUUCACUAUUCCAAUCAAACCAGAGAAAAAAGCGGAACCAUUAGAAGUCCUGAUUGAUUCAGGCGCCACAUCCUCUUUCAUGCACCCUCACACCGCGGAAUCACUCCGCCUUCCACUCAUUGACCUCCCUACACCCCGCACUGUCACAAUGCUUGAUGGGUCAAGCCCCCAAGCUGGUAAAAUCUGGAAGAAGGCCACUCUAACCUUCUCCUUAGAUGGCAAACAAAUGACUGAGACCUUCCUGAUUUGCAAUACAGGGUCUCACGCCGCUAUCUUGGGAUUGAAGUGGCUAGACGCCCAUAACCCGGAAAUCAAUUGGAACCGACGCACACUCUCCUUCCCCCACACACCACCGGAACACGCUGCUAUUGCCAAAGAGGAGGAAGCUGAUAAGAACCCUCUUGAAGGAGUACCCCCUGAAUACCAUCAGUAUGCCAAGGUAUUUGGGGAAGAAGAAUUCAACAAGCUUCCCCCCCACAGGCAUUACAAUAUUGGUAUAGAACUUACGGAAGAAGGCCCCUUGAACUUGCCCUUAUACAGCAUGACCAAUGCCAAGUCUGCCACACUUAAGGACUGGCUCAGGGACAAGCUCAAGGCUGGGAAGAUCUGUCCCAGCAAAUCAUCAAUUAGCUCCCCUGUAAUGUUUGUUCCCAAAAAAGAUGGUUCCCGCCAACUGGUUGUUGACUACUAUGACCUCAUGGCCCAGCUCCGCGGCGCCAAGGUCUUCACCAAGCUAGACCUGAGAUGGGGUUACAACAAUGUCCGCGUUAAGGAAGGUGACAAAUGGAAAACAGCGUUCCAAACCAAGUACGGUCUCUACGAGUCCCUGGUCAUGACCUUUGGCCUGACAAAUGCCCCUGCCGCCUUCCAGCAUUUCAUGAAUGAACUGUUCAAAGACUUACUGGACGUAUGCGUCAUCAUCUACCUUGAUGACAUCCUGAUUUACUCCAAGGAUGACGCAUCUCAUACGGAGCAUGUUCACAAAGUCUUGAAGCGGCUAAUGGAUAACCAGCUGUUCUGCAAAGCAUUGAAAUGCAUGUUCCACGUCACCUCUGUAGAAUAUCUGGGAAUCAUUGUUUCAGAUAAGGGUUUCAGUCUGGAUAAGCUCAAAAUCCAGGCAGUACAAGAAUGGCCAGUACCAACUAAAGUCAAAGAGGUCCAAUCAUUCCUAGGAUUUGCCAACUUCCUUUGUUGUUUUGUUGCCAACUUCAGCCAUGUGGCUAGGCCGUUACAUAACCUAGUUAAAAAGGACACGCCGUGGAAAUGGGACAUCAAGGAACAGGAGGCCUUCCAGGGAUUGAAAGAUGCUAUCACCAACGCCCCAGUUCUUUGUCACGCCAACCCGUCAAAACCCUACUUCCUGGAAACGGAUGCCUCCGGCGCAGCCCUAGGGUCCAUACUCAGUCAACAACAGGAAGAUGGCCGUCUACACCCACUAGGAUUCUUGUCUGAAUCAUUCAAGGGCGCCGAGCAGAAUUACAAUACACACAAUAAGGAGCUUCUAGCAAUCAUCCGCUCCUUUGAGUACUGGCGCAUCUUCCUGGAAGGGACCCUCCACCCUAUCACCGUGUUCACCAAUCAUUGCAACCUAGAGUACUGGAAAGAAUCCCGCACCUUCAACCGUUGUCACGCACGUUGGCACCUACUACUUGCCAGAUAUAACUUCCAAAUUGUGUACCAACCCGGCAAGCAAUCCGGCAAACCAGACGCCUUAUCCCACUGCUCCAACCACGCUGACAUCCCCCCUGCUGAUCAGACCAUGCUGCCAGACCCUGUUUUUGCCAACCUUGCCCUAGUUACGCCAGAAAAGGAACUACAACGCCAGAUCAAACUAUCCCUAGACCAAGACAAGUCCCUGGAGGAGAUCCUACAAUUCCUCCAAAAUGAGUCAAAAGCCCUGCCCUCUAUCAAACGGGCAUUUAAGGAUUACAAAAUGGAAGCAGGCUUGCUAUUUUACCAAGGGAGAAUUGUGGUACCGGACGUUGGAACAUUGAGAACGGAUCUACUUUGCAUAUUCCACAACAGCCCUCUAGCUGGUCACCCGGGCAGGCAACGGACCCUAGAACUGGUAUCCAGGAACUACUACUGGCCUGGCAUCCAAGCUGACACAUACUGGCAUGUUGAUUCUUGCAAAACAUGCCAACGGAUCAGGAAACCCAAGUACGGGCCUAUCCCGCCACAGCCUCUAGAACUUCCAUCACGCCCGUGGCAACAUGUGUCAUAUGACAUGAUAGUAGACCUGCCCAAGGACGGAAAUAGUGACUCUAUCCUGGUCAUUGUGGAUAGCUUUACCAAAUACGUAAUCCUGGUAGAGUGUUCCAAGAAGCUCAAAGCUCUGGAGUUAGCAGACCUAUUCCUGCGCCAUGUAUGGAAACGCUACGGCAUGCCUGAGAAGACAGUAUUGGACCGCGGACGGGUCUUCAAUAACAAAUUCCUGAAGGCCCUGUACCAACGCCUGGGAAUAGACCCCCACUUCUCCUUGGCCUAUCAUCCUCAAAGUGACGGGCAGACGGAACGUGUAAAUCCCACAGUCAAACACUUCUUACGGGCCUACUCAGGGGUAAACCAGAAAGACUGGGUCAAGUGGUUACCAAUGGCGGAAUUUGCCUACAACAACGCGGUACAUAGCUCAACAGGCAAAUCCCCUUUUAAGGCACUAUACAGAUGGGAACCUUCCUUGACUCCAAGUAACGUCCCAACAGACGUCCCUGAGGCAGAUGAUCUAGCAACCCAGAUGGAAUUGCAAUGGCAGGAAAUAGAGGUGGCACUCUGGCAAUCAAAGACACGCAUGGUGGCCAGGGAAGUAGGAGAACCACUCAAGUUUGAAAUCGGGGAAGAAGCCUGGCUAGACGCCAAAAACAUGAAGCUAAAGACCCUGAGUCCAAAGCUGACUGAACAACGCCUAGGCCCCUUCAAAGUAACCAAGAGAAUCUCCAACAGAGCAUACCGCCUAGAACUCCCGCCAACAAUGAGAAUCCACAAUGUUUUCUACGUGGGUCUUCUGUCAAAAGUCAAAAGGGACAAAAAGCGCAACUUUGAGAACCGGCCACCACCUGUCACCGUGGACGGAGAGGAAGAAUACAAGGUUGAAGGGAUCACAGACAUGGAAGAAAGGAACGGGAAGUGGUUUUUCAGGGUAAAAUGGAAAGGCUACGGAUCAGAGGAGAAUACCUGGGAACCAAGGGAGAACCUCAAAAAUGCCGAAAAAAUCCUAGAAAAUUUGAAAAGGAAAUGA